GUUAUCUCGUUAGAUAACAGAGAUAAACAGCGAAGAAGCAGACUCCUGUUCCUGAAACUCGUUUAGAAUUUUACCGGGUCUCGCGAAGGAAAGGCAAAAUGUUAACUCUGGACUCGGGAAAUCCAGAGACGACGCUCGUCUGGAAUAAUUUGACAGUCGUCCGGCGCGAAAAACCAAACUCUUUGCAAAUUGUUUGGAGAAAGUUUAGGAGAAGGCGGUUCCAAGAGACGCGGACGAUAUUAAAUGCAGUGUCUGGCUCUGCUGUGACGGGAAAUUUAAUCGCCAUAAUGGGACCCAGCGGUGCUGGGAAGACAACGCUUUUGGCAAGUCUAGCUGGUAAACUGGAACCAACGAGUGGAUCGGUAUCGAUAAAUGGACGAAUUGUUUCACGAGAUACUUUGUCUGAAGUAUCUAGCUACAUGCCCCAAUUUGAUGCAUUGCCAAUGCCACUCACUGUACAAGAGCACUUGCUGUUUAUGUACGCAUUGAAGACGAACUUAAAUAAAACGCAAAGGAAAUAUUCGUCAAUUGAAUUAUUGACAGAACUGAGCCUCAUCGAUUGCAAAGAUCUGUUAAUAUCAAAUUUAUCUGGAGGACAGAGGAAGCGACUUUCGUUGGCCAGUGAAUUGGUCACUAAACCCAGGAUAAUCUACUUGGACGAGCCCACGACUGGCUUGGAUACAUUUUCUGCGAUGCAAGUGGUUCAAACCCUGAGGCUCGUAAGCUUGGAAUCAGUAGUCGUUUGCACUAUUCACCAGCCAGGAAUGGAUAUAUACAAUCUCUUCACUCACGUGUUAUUGCUAUCUACUGGGAGAGUAGGAUACUUUGGAACUCGAAUGGAUGCUACAAAUUUUUUCCACAGUUUAGGAUACGAAUGCCCGGUUGGUUACGACGAGUCUGAAUACUACAUAAAGCUCUUGUCACCGCGAAAGAGCUGGGACAGCGAGCCCGAGAAACUUAUCGAUAAAAUAUGUGAAGCAUUCUCGCGCUCCCCCUCGAGAAUUCCGGAAAUCGCGAACAACGAAAUGCUCGAUAUCGAACCACGAAGAGAAGCUGGACGUGUAACGCAGCUCCUCUGGUUAACGUGGAGAGUUUGGACUUUGAACAGAAGAACGAUCUGCGACGACUGGAUCUCGUGGAUCUCUUAUUUUCUCUCCAUAGCGGCGGUGGCCACUUUUUACACGGGAAUUAAUCCGCGGACGCAGAACGGUGUGCAAAAUGCGAGGGGCGCGUUGUACAUGAUGAGCUCUGAAAUUUCGUUUACGGUCGCCUACUCCGUGAUUUACGAAUUUCCCGGCCACCUUACGAUUUAUCUGCGGGAGCGCACCGUUUACAGUUCCGGGCCCUAUUACAUUGCCACCUUCCUCGGACUGAUACCAAGGGCCACCCUGAAGGCGCUGAUUUUUACGACAGUUAUGUACCUGAUCCUAAUCACUCGGAUAGAUCUGUUGAACUUUUUAGUCUACUGUCUAACGACGUCGGCCGCAGCAAUUUGCGGGACUGCGUACGGUUUAAUGUUCUCCAGCUGGGUGGACAACGUCGACGUACUUACAUCAAUCAUGGUACCCAUAGACACGCUGUUUCUGUUGACCGCCGGAAUGUUUUACAGCCUCAGGUCGCUGCCGGCGUAUCUGACAUGUUUUAAAUAUUUUUCAAUAUUCUUUUAUCUGAACGAGGCGCUUUCUAUAAUUUACUGGUCGCGGAUCGACGACAUCGACUGUCAAUCCAGUGAUUUGCCCUGCUUGCAAAACGGAGACGAAGUUUUGUUGGAGUAUGGAUUCAGACGUACCAAUUUAAUUUGGGAUCUGAGCGGACUUGCGAUCUUAACGAUUGCAUUGGGCCUCGGUGGAUACUUCGGUUUACGACGAAGGAGGAAAGUCGGAGCGAUGUUUUAAAUAACGAUGCGAGGUCCA